CAUUGAUCUGCCUUUUUCAGGCAGACCUUGGUACCAGCAAGAGGGCUCUCUCUCCUACCUCCUUGCCCAGCCGUUCCACAAAAUGGAUACCCGAAGAGAACUUGCGGAAGAGCUUCGGCUUUAUCAAUCCACUCUUCUUCAAGAUGGCCUUAGGGAACUUUUGGAAGAGAAAAAGUUUGUUGAUUGUUCCCUAAAAGCCGGGGAUAAAAGCCUCCCUUGCCACAGGCUGAUUCUGUCAGCCUGUAGUCCUUAUUUCCGUGAGUACUUCUUAUCGGAGCAAAGCGAGGAGAAAAAGAAAGAGGUGGUUCUGGACAAUGUCGAUCCUGUCAUCCUAGAUAUGAUUCUCAAGUACCUUUAUUCUGCAAGCAUCGACCUCAACGAUUCUAACGUGCAAGAUAUUUUUGCUCUGGCAAGCCGCUUUCAAAUCCCUUCCGUUUUCACUGUCUGUGUUUCUUACCUCCAGAAGAGACUUGCUGUUGGCAAUUGCCUGGCCAUCCUGAGAUUGGGUCUCCUCCUCGAGUGCCCGAGACUUGCCCUGUCUGCCCGUGAUUUUGUGUCAGACCACUUUGUGAAGAUUUGCAAAGAAGAGGACUUCAGGCAGCUCGCCCCUCAUGAAUUGAUUUCUGUGAUUUCGCCAGACAGCUUGAACAUCGAAAAGGAGGAAGUGGUCUUUGAGGCUGUGAUGAGUUGGGUGCAAGCGGAUAAAGAGAAUCGAGCGAAGAACCUCGGAGAAGUGUUUGACUGCAUCCGCUUUCGCCUGAUGGAAGAGAAAUAUUUCAAGGAGCAUGUUGAGAAGGAUGAGAUCAUCAAAAGCAACCCAGAUCUUUCAAAAAAGAUAAAGGUUAUUAAAGAUGCCUUUGCUGGGAAACUGCCUGAGCCAACCAAAGGUGCAGGGAAAUCGGGCAAAGGAGAGAUUAAUGGUGAUGUGGGGGACGAAGAUUUGCUUCCUGGUUACCUAAAUGAUAUUCCGAGGCAUGGAAUGUUUACUAAAGACCUUAUUCUUCUCAUAAAUGAUACUGCUUCUGUGGCUUAUGACCCCACAGAGAAUGAAUGUUACCUGGCAGCGCUGUCGGAACAGAUUCCCAGAAAUCAUUCCAGCAUAGUCACUAAACAGAAGCAGGUUUAUGUAGUGGGAGGACUGUAUGUGGACGAAGAGAACAAGGAGCAGCCUUUCCAGUCAUACUUUUUCCAGUUGGAUACCAUCACUUCUGAAUGGGUUGGUCUUCCUCCGCUGCCAUCAGCCAGGUGCCUGUUUGGACUAGGUGAACUGGAGAACAAAAUCUAUGUAAUUGCAGGCAAAGACCUCCAAACUGAGGAGUCUCUGGAUUCAGUACUAUGCUAUGAUCCCACAUCACUCAAAUGGAAUGAGGUCAAAAAGCUCCCCCUCAAAGUCUACGGCCAUGCUACUACUUCACACAAUGGAGUUGUAUAUUGUCUUGGAGGAAAGACUGAUGAUAAAAAAUGCACCAACAGAGUGUUUGCAUACAAUUCCAAGAGGGGAGACUGGCGUGAUCUUCCCCCCAUGAAAGUGGCUCGCUCUAUGUUUGGCAUUGCUGUCCAUAAAGGCAAAAUUGUGAUUGCAGGGGGCGUUACCGAAGAGGGCCUCUCGGCUUCCGUUGAAGCAUUUGAUCUCACCACUAACAAAUGGGAGGUUAUGCCAGAGUUUCCACAAGAGAGAAGCUCCAUCUCUUUAGUUGAACUGUCUGGCUCCUUGUAUGCUAUCGGGGGCUUUGCUAUGAUUCAGCUUGAAACGAAGGAAUUUGCACCUAAUGAGGUGAACGACAUCUGGAAGUAUGACGACGAGAAGAAGGAGUGGUGUGGGAUGCUGAAAGAAAUUCGCUAUGCUUCUGGCGCUUCUUGUCUUUCUGUUGGCCUGAAUCUCUUUAAGCUCUCAAAGCUGUAAAGUGAAAGGAAGAUUGACUAAUGAUGAUUUUUUAUUGGCCCCCCUCUGGUUUUGUUGUGCAAGCUUACCCUGUACAGAGAUUGAGAACUACCUUGAUUCAUCAAACUGUUAAUGUAUCCGUCUUAUAUGUUUUAACUUCUGUAGGUGCCCAAUGCCCCCCACCCUCAGUUUUUACUAACAGUUUGAAUUUGAAGUAAAUUCUGCUGUAACACUGAAUAAAAUUGAAUUUAACUAAAAA